UGAUCACAACUGAUUUUUUUUAUUGUGAAAAUACUGACAACUGAUUUUUUAUGUGAAGUUUUCCUUGAACUUUCCUUCUGGAGAAUGCCUUUUGAAAUAAUUUUCUGUGGCUGACUUUUUUCAACUGUGUAGUUAUCAAUGGAUAUUGAAGUAUUCAAAAUGUACAGAAAGUGGGCAGUGGUGAAUAUUUUCAUGGUGUCUUGUGUGCAGCUGGUGCAAGGCUUCAGUAAUCAACAUGAACCAGUGAAGCAAUCCUCUCUGUCAGUGUUAGAGCGGUCUGAGCAGCAGAUGAGAGCUGCUUCUAGUUUGGAAGAACUGCUUCAAAUCACCCACUCUGAGGACUGGAAGCUGUGGCGAUGCCGGCUGAAGCUGAAAAGUUUUAGUAAUAUGGACUCCCGCUCAGCAUCCCAUCGGUCCACCAGAUUUGCAGCAUCUUUCUAUGACAUUGAAACACUCAAAGUUAUAGAUGAAGAGUGGCAAAGAACCCAGUGCAGCCCUAGAGAGACAUGCGUGGAAGUUGCCAGCGAGCUGGGGAAGAGUACCAACACGUUCUUCAAGCCCCCAUGUGUCCUUGUGUUCCGGUGUGGUGGCUGCUGUAAUGAAGAGAGCGUCAUGUGUAUGAACACAAGCACUUCCUAUGUUUCCAAACAGCUCUUUGAGAUAUCAGUGCCUUUGACCUCAGUACCUGAGUUAGUGCCUGUGAAGGUUGCUAACCACACAGGUUGUAAGUGCUUGCCAACGGCCCCUCCCCAUCCAUACUCAAUUAUCAGAAGAUCCAUCCAGAUUCCAGAAGAAGAUCGAUGCCCCCAUUCCAAGAAACUCUGUCCUAUUGAUAUGCUAUGGGACAGUACCAACUGUAAAUGUGUUGCACAGGACGGGAAUCCACUUGCCGGAACAGAAGACUACACUCAUCCCCAAGAACCGGCUUUCUGUGGGCCACACAUGAAGUUGGACGAAGAUCGUUGCGAGUGUGUCUGUAAAACCCCGUGUCCCAGGGAUCUUAUUCAGCACCCAGAAAACUGCAGUUGCUUUGAAUGCAAAGAAAGUCUGGAGAGUUGUUGCCAGAAGCACAAGAUUUUCCACCCAGAGACCUGCAGCUGUGAGGGCCAAUGCCCUUUCCACGCUAGAACAUGUGCUAAUGGAAAACCAGCAUGUACAAAGCAUGGUCGCUUUCCAAAGGACAAAAGGGCUUCCCAGGGGCUCCACAGCCAAUGGAAUCUUUGAUUCACAUUUGUUUCAAAUUCCCUAUCCCUGUCAUUUAAAACAGCAGGUGGCUUUGCCAAGUUGUUAUCACUGUUUUUCCCCAUCAGGUGUUUGGAAAAAAAAUCCGUUUAAUAUUGUAUCACAGAGAAUCAAUCCAACCUUGAAUUCAAUGCCAGCUGAGUAUCCCCUGGUUCACUGACAGAUGACCUCUAGCUGAUGUCUUUGCAUACCGAGGAGUGGAGAGGAAGGGACCUGUGGAGCCUAUAGCUGUUGAUGAUGAGAAAGGUUUGCUUGUCAUUGAAUGGCAGGUGCCAUAAGUCUGAUUAUUCAGAGUGGACAGGGAAAAUGACAGAAUCUCCGAGUCCUCUGCUAAGUGCAACUCUUAUGAAUUAAUCUGAUUCUUGCUUAUGCAGACUCUCUUUGUAUGAUCAACACUGACUUCUAACCACUGUUGAGCUUGUAGCUUUUGAAUUUUAGUAAAAACUACUGUCUGAUGUGUUAUAUUUAAGUGUAUUUAAAGGAAAUAAACACCACUAUUCAAACUGUG